AAAGAAUCAUGGAGCAGAUUGGUGUGGUCCUCACUACUCUUGCCUCAUUACUUUCACCUUUUAAUGUUCUCCUUCCCCCAUCACUAACAACCCCAUUGAGUUAUCUUCUUCCUCUUCUUGAUCUAGAUAGCUACAGCUAGCUCAUUCUAGCUUGCCGAGCUCCCUUGCUACUCUAUACAUGUACAAUGGCAGAGAGUAAGAGCAAGCAGAGGAAGGAGAACCCCCAUGCGGUGGUGAAGAAGGAGGAAGAGGAGGAGGAUCAUGAGGAUCUGGACAAUAAGAAGAAGAAACUACAAGUUGUGGGUGGAUGUGGAAGUGGAUCUGUGAAGAACCAGAACCAGAUGAUGAGAUGUUGUCAGGCUGACAAGUGCACUGCUGAUCUGAGUGAUGCAAAGCUCUACCAUAGAAGGCAUAAAGUGUGUGACCAACAUUCUAAGGCUCCAGUUGUGCUUGUGUCUGGGAUCAGCCAAAGAUUUUGCCAACAAUGCAGCAGAUUUCAUGAGCUAUCAGAAUUCGAUGACACCAAGAGGAGUUGUCGCAGGCGCUUGGCUGGCCACAAUGAACGCCGAAGGAAGAAUUUAUCUGAGACAUAUGCAGGAGGUUCAAGCCGCAAAGGAACUAGUACUGAGUCGUGCAGGAGAGUUGAGGAUAUGGGAUCCGGAAGAAUUCAGAUCAACAUCCAAGAAAUGUCGACUCGCAAUAAGCAUUUCCAAAUCAGAUAAAACUUACCA